GUUUUGUCAAAGAAAAAUAACCUAAUUUUAGGAAUAUUUUCUUUUCUCUUAUUUCAUUAUUUUUCUUAUUGUAUCUGUUAGAAUUUUACAUAAAUUGUUUCUCGAAGUGCCGAUGUUUGUUGCUAGUUAGAACGCCCCAGUGCAAGGAGAUCCCGUUCGAUAUGAAAUCUCCGUCACCACCACGAGCAUUCUGGCAAUUUGACGCUGUUAAUUGUUGCUUCCACAUUGCAAAUCUCAUUAAAAUGUCCAUCGGAACCGUACUUCGAAUUCCGGCUGUUUGAGUUACCCGGAAGAGGAUGAAGAUUAGGAAUAAGAAGACGAACCAGAAGGAUACGAUUCACAGUGAAGACCCCUUGACAUCACAUUUUAAUUGAAUUUAUCAGGCCUUGUUCGAAUGCCUUCUGAGGAGAAAAUACUUAGUGCAAAUUUAUAGCUUCCAACAAAAAACAACACAACACAAAAGAAGCGUCCAUCGUGUGUUUAUGAAGGAUUUUAUGAAGAAAUUGUGAGAGAUAAUUGCUGAAGAAGUUCUUCUUUUCUGGCAAAUGAAGGAUUGAUAAGUGUGAAUAAUAUUUUGGAGCUUCGUGAGAGUUACAUUUUGCAUGAAUUAUACUCACAAAUUAGUUAAGCAUAUAAACGAUUAAGGGUAUGAGUUUACCCUCUAAUGAGAAGUUUGAUGGCUACGAAUGCAGCGGACCCAGACCUCCGGUUCUUGGUGGCGAGAGUCGACCUCACAAGAUGAUUGAAGGCGUUCCGGGACAGGAAUCAUCAUCGUCACCGCCGUAUUCGAAAUGGGCGCGAACACUUUCGAGCCUCCUUGAGGACAGCGACGGCGUUCAGCUGUUCCAGCGUUAUGUGGAGACUGAAGGUGGGAUUCAUGCGGAUCGUCUCAACUUCUACUUCGCCUGCGAGGGGCUGAAGAAGCAGACGGAUCCGGACAAGAUCAAACGACUGAUAAUUGCAAUUUAUCGAUUUCUGCGAAAGAGCCCGCUGAAGAUCCCAGAGAAUGUGGAGAGUGUGGUGAAGGCGGCGCGUCACAGUCAGACGCAAUUGAGUGCCAAUAUCUAUGAUCAGAUGCAGAAGGAUGUCGAGCGUGCCAUCAAUGAGUCGACAUAUCUGCGCUUCCUCAAGUCGGAAAUCUAUCUGGAGCACGUGAGGGCGAUGAUGAGUGCUGGCGCUCCGCAAAUGCCCUCAGCUUCCAGCAGUUCUGGCGAAUCUGAGCAACUCACGAGGAGUUUCACGCUGCCAACACUGCACGAGGACAGCGAAUUGACGCUGAGUGAGGCGUCAGUGGCCGGCGGAUCGCAAAUGGGCGGCGGCACGGCGGCUGAUGUGCCGAUGAGACUGACCAGGGACGCUCUGUUGGCCACAGAGAAGCGUCGCCUCGAGAUUCGUCCGUCUGGAGCAUUUGGAUAUCGCUCGUACACCAACAAUUGCGAUGCAUUCUACCCUGUGUCGCUGCAAGACUCAGAAAUCCAGAGCUUCAGCUCUGGUCAAACGGACUCAGACACAGCAUCGAUGUCGACGGCAAAGGAUGGCAGGUCCUAUUCCCAACGGCGACAGACGUCAAUGGAGAAUCGGGCGAUUAGGCAAAAGGCUCUAACGAAUAAGGAGGUGGACUCAUUAGCGAUAAUUCCAAGGACAGCUCAACAUGCCAUGAGCAAAAAGCACAUCGCCAUGAAGCCGGAGGAACUGAUAUUGGCGCUCAUCCCCAAAUUGGAGGCCAUCAAGAAGAAGCAAGACUCUGAGGAGCUCUUCGUGAAGAAGAUGCAAGAGAGUGACGCCUCGAACGAGCGAGCGCUGUCCUUUCAGGCUGAACUGCGGGACGCAAUCCGGGAGAAGUUGCCGGUGGAGGACGACAGCGAUCAGGCGAUCCUCGAUCAGCACGUGCAGAGAGUUUGGUCUGACACACCCAAUCGCUCGCCUGGCACAAAGUCUCCGGAUCCGAUGGCGCUACGUCGGCGCGGAUUGGAAAUCAAUCCGGGCUUCGGUGUGACGCCGAUGAUGAGCAGUGCGGAUCACAUGUCAAUGAGACACUCACGAUCAAUGCCAGAAGCGAGUUCUAGUCGGCGUUCUCUCGGCAAUAAGUGGCCAUCGAUGUACACGGACAGUGGCAUCAGCAGUCUCUUCUCCGGGGAUUUGACCAUGAAGAAGGACCAAAGCAGUUCUCGAAACAUCCCGCGAUCGAUAGGCAUGGAUUCGGCCACGAUGACGACGAGUCAACUGGAGGAGGCGAGCAGAAGACUCCAGGAUGAGAGCAAAAGUCGAUCUCGAAGAUACUCACAACACGCGACGGCGCCGCCGCUCUCGUCUCAUCCGUCUCAUCAUCAUCUGAAGGCGCACGACUAUACGAUAGUUGUGUUCUCAUUCUGUGACGAGGAGUUUCCCUACAGGACGAAGAUCCCCGGACUGCAGCCCACGCUCAAGCAAUUCAAGGAGUAUUUGCCGAAGAAGGGCAACUUUAGGUUCUUUUUCAAGACUGCAUGUGAAGAUCCUGAGAAUCCAGUCAUUCAGGAGGAGAUUGUGUCUGACUCUGAGAUCCUGCCGCUUUUUGAUGGCAAAGUUAUGGGUCUCGUGAAGCCAUUUGAGUAG